UAAAUUAAUUGCAGCAUCUUCUCUUCUUUGAUCUUCUUAAGAAUUCUUUGUGCUGUAAUAUUCAGAAGGGCAAUUAAACUUGUUAGCUAUGGCCUCUCUCCAAGUUAACAUCUGCCUCUUUGUGCUUUUUCAAGCCAUCGUCUUGUUUUCUUCUGCAGUACUGAGCUGUGGCGAUGAAAAACACGAACUCUUCAAGAACAUCAAUGCUUACAGGACACUAUUCCUGGACAUCCCAGCCCUUACCAAGAACAAGAAGGCAAAAUGCCUUGCUAAUAAGGUUGCUGACAGCCUAGAUCAACCUUGUAACGAAACCACUCAUGUUGAAGAAGUUAAACUAGACAGCUACCCUGAUCAAUUAAAAGACUGCGUCGGCACUACCCAUGCCACAGAUGCUGUCCUGAUGCCAGUUUGCGCGCCUGCGGAUGAAGUGGAAGCAGUUCCAUUGCUUCAUAAUUAUACUCGACCCCCGUAUAAGAAGUACAUUAAGGACCCAAGCUAUACUGGAGCAGGAGUUGGCUCUAAUGAUUAUUGGAUGGUGGUUGUUAUGAACAGAAAUACAUCAACAUGGAGUAGCUCUGCAGGCACAAAUGGUUUGGUUUCAGGGGCUGGUGCUCUGUCCAUGUUUCUGGGAAUACUUUUUUAUCUAGUGUUGUGAGUCCCUUCUGUGAUUUCUGCUUGCUAUUCCUUCUAGGGUUUGUCAUUUUGAGUGUUGUUUGCAUGCUUCGAGAGUAAAGAUGUUAAAGAGUGAUCUAUAAGCUGUGAUUGUUUCUUCUGCCGAAGAUUUAUUUUGUGGGCAGAAUGAUCCAUUUUCCUCAAUUAUUCUUUGUCAUGUAAAGUGUGUUCAAAAUAAAUAAAAGUUGUGCUUCAACAACUGUGUGCUU